AUGGAAGAAGUAGCGGUUAUUGCUGAUGCGGCAGGACCUUCCAAAUUCUCCCUCCUACUCCCCUCUCACCAAGGAUUCAUGAUGAUCUUCCAAAACCGGCCGUUGAUUGUCGCGUUUAUCUCGCUCUGGGUCGCCCAAUUCCUCAAGCCCUUUACAUUAUGGCACUGGGAGAAGAGAUGGGAUUUUAAGCGAAUCUUAGGGUCCGGCGGCAUGCCGUCGUCGCAUUCGUCGUCCGUCAUGGGUCUGGCGUGCGCUGUCGCCUUCCAAGAAGGCACGGCGAGCCCGCUGUUCGCCGCGUGCCUCGUCUUCGCCGUCGUUGUCAUGUAUGACGCCUCGGGGGUUCGGCUUCAGGCAGGCCGGCAAGCAGAGGUCCUAAACCAGAUCGUGUAUGAGCUGCCUCCAGACCAUCCCUUGGCUGAGUCUCGGCCUCUCAAGGAGCCCAUUGGACACACACAACCUCAGGUGGUGGCAGGAGCGCUUGUGGGGGUUUUCGUGGCAUACUUUAUGCACCAUUUCUAUCCAACAGCCACUGCAUCCCUCUUCAUCGCUCUCCACCCCUCUCCACCCUGCCGUCCCUGCCGGCGCGCAGCGGUGGCAUGGCGGGUGGAGGAGCUGCAGCCGCCAAGCGAGCGCGUGCUGUUUCACUUCGCGAGGGCGGACGCGCGGGGCGAGCGGGGCGCGCGGGGCGAGCACGGCGCGCAGGGAGAGGAGGGUGCGCGGGGCGAGCAGGGCGCGGAGGGCGCGAUGGACGCGUGGCGCGUGUAUUCCGACGCCAUCUACGGCGGUUCGUCAACCGCCACCCUCGCCCAUGCCACGUCCGGUAGCGCCGAGCCUGCAGGGUCGGGCACAGAGCUUUCAGGCAUGGGCGGGGACCAGGGGCGUGGAGACAUGAUGGGCAGAGAUAGAAUGGAUGGCAGCGCAGGAAUAGUGCACCCACCCCACCCACCUUCCCAGCUUGGCUGGGAAGCACGUGCUAUGCGCCGGCAGCAGCACCAUCACUUCGAACCUCCGUCCUCAUUUGCCGUGUUCGCAGGCAGCUUGUCCAGACGCGUGCAGGGGGAGGGCGUGGAAGGCGGAGGGCCGGAAGCGCGGGGAGGGCGGCUGCUCAAGGGAGGCUUCGCUGGCAUUCGAACGGUCGAGCUUUUCUCGCCGUUCCUCUCCUCCCUUCUCCCCCCGUGCUUCUCCCUAAUCUCUCAGCUGCGCACAGAGGGGUGGGUGGGGGGGCCAGCAGGCAGUGAGGAGAACACAUGGCAGGGUGAGGGUGUUGCGACCUUACAUCUCUCUCUCCCCGCUCCUCUCCGCCCCUCCCCGCCCCUCUCCGCCCCUCUCCUCCCCGCUCCUCCCUUCUCCUGCCCUACUUCUCCUCUCUCUCCCUAUCAGCUGCGCACAGAGGGGUGGGUGGGCGGGCCAGCAGGCAGUGAGGAGAACACAUGGCAGGCGUUCCUGCCCUCGCCACGAGGGUGGUGGGGAGUGGUGCAGAUUCCCCUGGCCAGCUACCGCUUUACAUGGAAAGGCAGGGUGGUGGGCGGCGGUUGGGGAGGAAGAGAGGGGGAAGGGGGCAGUGGUGGUGGAGGGAUGGAGAUGAAUGCGCGGAGAGUGGUGGGCAUGGGGUUAUCAGUCAACGUCAGCACCCCUCCCAUGCACUCUCCACAUCUCAGUGUCACUGCCCCAAUCACACACCCUCCUCACAUUGCUGAAGCCACAUCCGGAGAUAAUACUGCUGCUGCGGGCGGUGAUUUUUGUUCUGAUGCUGCUGACGUGGAGUCUGACGCGUUUCCAGUGCAUGGCGAGGGCCCGUUUAGACUGGAGGUUGCGUGGGUCAAGGCUGUCAGGGAUGGUGAUUGA